CCCAAUCGCAGAAAUCCCAAUCGAACCGUCGAUCGUCCAAGAGAAAGAUCGGCCGUAUAGCGUCCUUUAGUGGUGGCGGAUAUCAGACUUUAGAGGGGUGGAGGUUACAAUACUUGGGAUACUUACUCUACUUUCGUGUACUACCACUGUUACCAAGAGUACCGCUACUCCCACCUAACUCCCACUUAACUCCCUCUUACUCCCACUACCACCAACUAACUCCCACUUACUCCCACUACUAACCUCCCACUACCGACUCUAUCCUUCCUUUCCUUCUCUUUCAUCGCACUUUAAACUAAACUCCGAGUCUCCGCAUCCCGCAUAUAUCCCAAGUACUGCUACCACCACCUACCACCACCACUUCCACCACCACCCACCAUCCCUUCCAUACCCCGUCACGCCCCAUUACGCCCGUUCCAUUCCCUUACCCAUACCCAUACCCAUCCCACUCAUCCCGCUUCCAGCCUUCGUGGUCUCUUCUCUUCUCCCUUCCACCAACCCGCCAAGCCGCCUACCCUCACACCAAAACCCGCUCCUGAACUCUACUCAGAAUCUCGGUGGCUGAGUUCGCCUCAAAACUCUCUCUCUCGUUCAACAAACGUCUCGAGAUCGGAAUAUACACCAAGUCCAACCCCAAACCUGAGAAACCAGAAACCCUUAUCGCCGGAUUACUCGGACGCCACUCUCAUGACAACGACCACCUCGCGGGACACCGACGAAAUGGCCUCCGCUACCACCAACGGCUUCCAUGCGCCGAAUUUCAUCCUGUCCCCCCACCAGCAGGACCUCCUCUUCGCCGCCCUCAAUUCCAACCGCAACACCGCGACCGACCAGCAGCAGAACGGCGAUAGCCAGACCAUCGCUCCCGCCGCCUUCGACAACGCCACCACAUCGCCGCUCCAGGCGCCGGGAUCGGGAAGCCUGGCGAACCUCGACGAGAGCCCGUUCAUCGAUUACGACUACGACUUCGACAACGAGGCCAGUUAUGGCGAGUACGACUUCAGCAACCUCCCGCAGGGCCAGAUGAUCGGCAACCUACCCGGUACGUCGUCGGAUGGCGAUGCGGCGGCGAACGAGUCGCACGAUAAGCGCAGCUUGUCGGACGACGAGGAGAACGACGAUGAGCCGGAUGGAAAGCGCAGGGAGGGCGACGAUAAGACGUCCAAGAAGCCGGGGAGGAAGCCACUAACUUCAGAACCGACAUCGAAACGCAAGGCGCAGAAUCGCGCGGCUCAACGGGCUUUCCGUGAGCGAAAGGAGAAGCACCUUAAGGACCUCGAGACUAAGGUCCAAGAUUUGGAGAAGGCCUCCGAGGCGGCGAACCAUGAGAAUCUUAUCUUGCGCGCCAAGGUGGACAAGAUGACCGCGGAGCUGAAGGAAUACAAGCAGGCUGCUGUGAGCCGGCAGACCGGAAACCCCCUCAUGCCCAUGUUAUCGACGUAUCAGAAGGCGGGUCAAGCCCCUCACAACCCCAACGACGUCAACUUCUCCUUUGAGUUCCCCAAGUUCGGCCAGCUCCCCGGACCUCCCGUUCUCACCAAGCCCUCAAAGUCGACAUCACCCGGCGAGGCACCAUCCCGCUCAACGAGCUUCACGAGCAACCUCAGCCCUCUAGACAACGGCUCACACAAAUCCAUCAGCUUCGGCUCGAACCAAACCAACAAUUACUCCGGCCUCUACAACGGCGCCGCGCUCGAGGGAAUGACAAACGGCAACUUCGACUACAUGCUCCACCACAACAAAGGCAGCACAUCAGCCUCCAGCGCCGACUCCGCCGGCAGCGGCCCAAUGAGCACAGGUCACAACACAUCGCACUCCUCCCCCGCCUCCUCCAACUCCCACCACGGCACCAGCUCCUCCUGCGGCACCUCGCCCGAGCCAUACACCCAAUCCCCCCCCGCAUCCAAGACCGACGCCGCCGCCGCCGCAGCGACAACAACACUCUCCACCAUCGGCGAGGAAUCACACUCCGCAGACCCGGCAAUCGAUAGCAAAUCCUCCUUCUGCUCCAAGCUAUCCCAAGUCUGCGGCUCAGCCUCCCAACCAAUCCCACGCACCAUGACAUCUCCCCCCCUCGGCCCCUCCUUAUCCACCGCCGCCCCCACCCCGGCGUCAAACUCCUCCUUCGAUAUCAAUUCCUUGGAUUGGCUGGCGGCGCAGAACGGGAACCAGUUCGAUCCGCAGCUGUUUGGGGAUUAUCGCGAGCCGCAAGAUAAUAUACUAACGGGGUUGUAUGAUGAUUCCUUCUUUAAUGAGGCGUUUGCUAUCCCUGGGGAAUUCUCGGGGAGUCCGUUUUCGUUGGAUGCUACACCGCAGCAGACGCAGCACACGGUGGCGGCGACGCAGCACCAACCGCAGCAGCACCAGGGCGGGAAGAAGGAUUUGAUUGGGGAGAUUGACGCGCAGCUUGGUGAGGAGGAGGUGGUUCCUGCUGAGAGCGAGAUGCUCACGUGCACGAAUAUGUGGGAACAAAUCCAAGCCUGCCCCGCCGUCCAGAACGGCGAGAUCGACAUGGACAGUCUCUGCUCCCAACUCCAGCAGAAAGCCAAGUGUAGCGGUGAGGGACCCGUCAUCCAGGAGACGGAUUUCAAGGACGUGCUGGAUACGAUGUUUGCUCCUGGGGGGUUCCAUGCUUGUUCGGUGACUAAGUGAGCACGCUUACUCCACUGGACACUGGGAUCUGAAUGAGCUGGGUCGGGAAUCGAUAUGAGUAAAAUGGGAAACGGAAAGGGAAAGGAAAGGGAAGGUGGCAUGCUACGGCGUCACGCAGGGGGUGGUGAACGGGGUGUCUGGUCUGAAAUGGAAUCAACUUUUUUGAUAGCUGGUUAUUUGGGGCUAUUCAAAUGGGGGAACAACUUUACUACGGUGUUCUUUUAUAUCUUGCUUUGCUUCGUUUUUUGUUUUUUUUAUGGCCCAGACAAACAAAACUCAAAUUUAAUGGAUGCUUUACACGAUUUUUUGUUUUGUUUUUUUCUGUCUCUUCUCUUCCCUCUUUGCUACAGUGACGAAAACUGCGCCGAUUCACUUCUCCCCGCUCUUUUUCGCCUAGUUUUUGGGUGUGUUGUUGGUUUCUAGUCGUGCUUGUUUUUCUUACUUGCUUUGCUUUGCGUUGCUUUGCCCUUUCCUUUGGGUUGGGUUGGGAGUUUUUCUGCUUCUGGGCUUGUGUGUGUGUGUGUUGAGAAUUGCUGGGUUUUUUUAACUUUGGAUUGUCGGCUUUCGUUCUUCCUUUCGAG